CCGGUGUCUCUUUUUUUAUCGGUCCCAAGAUAUAAAACACUCUUUCGUACUAAUGAAUUAACUAAGCAGUCAAAAAAAAAAAAUCAAGGGAACGAGUUGUGAAAUUAGAGAAAAAAAAACAAAACUCAGAGCAGUGACAAACUUCGAUUCAAGAAUUGUGAAGCGCCGCCGAUUUUCGUAGAAGAUAAUCUAAUUCCAAAAUUCUCUUUUGGGAUCGCUUUGCUACUUCUGAUUCCAUUUUUCCUCGGCAAAAAAUCUGGAAUCUGUAUCGUCACAACCAAAAAUUCUCUUCCUUUCCCGUUUCGUUUCGCUUCUCCGGUAUCGUCCAUAUUGCGGAUUUGUCGUUGGUGCUUAAUUCCCGUUGUAUACAACUGUCUGAAGUUUAUCUCAAAGAAUCGGUAUCCAAUCCAUCUCUCGGGCAACAUUAUUGAGAAGUCGAUUCAGUUUUCCCGAGCUGGUAUUAGAGUCUGGUCCCUGCUCCUCCAUUCGUGGCAUUUUGUAGAGGAGGGUAUAAAUUAGGAGACUUCAAAUGGAAUGUAAUAAAGAAGACGCUAUAAGAGCUAGAGAGAUUGCAAAGAGGAAGUUUUUAGCAAAUGAUUUUGCGGGGGCCAGGAAAUUUGCCUUGAAGGCUCAGUUCCUGUAUCCUGAACUCGAUGGAAUUGCCCAAAUGGUGGCCACAUUUGAUGUUCAUUUAUCUGCUCAGAAUAUAAUAUAUGGGGAGAUAGACUUCUAUGGUGUGCUUGGUCUGAACCCUGAGGCUGAUCACGAAACUGUGAGGAAGCGUUACAGAAAGUUGGCUGUAAUGCUUCAUCCUGACAGGAACAAGUCUGUCGGAGCAGAGGAAGCCUUUAAGUUUCUUUCGCAGGCAUGGGGUGUGUUCUCUGACAAGGCAAAGAGAGCUGACUAUGACCUGAAGAGGAAUGUGGGAUUGUAUAAGGGAGGAGGGGCAUCAUCAUCAAGGCCUGCAACCAAUGGAUUUCAGAAAGUUACUAAAGCUAGCGCUAACACAACCAAAGUAAAGAGUUCAAAGAGAGGUAUAAAACGGGCAAGUGACGCCUCUGCUGCCGCUACUCCUACUUCGGCCCAGAAAACAACUGCUGAUGGGACCUUUUGGACUGUAUGCCGUACUUGCAGAACACAGUAUGAAUAUCAUCGUGUUUAUCUAAAUCAAAACCUCUUGUGUCCCAACUGUCGUAAGCCAUUUAUAGCGGUGGAAACAGAUCCUCCAGGUUCAGGUUCGAUUCGCAAGACCUUUCACGAGCACCAAUUCGACUCUCUCCGCAAUACAACGGACGGAAGAAAGAAAAAUGUAUCUGGAAGAGACAAUAAUGGGGUGUAUGGUGAAUGUGAUUCCUUUGAUUGGGGGUUGUUCACUGGAACCAAAAAUUCUGCUCAUGCUACACAGACUGGGUCACGAAAAGAUGAGGUUGUGCGUAGAGAGUAUACCAAAAGGGUGGCUGGUGUUUCAUCAACAAUUCCUCCAAAAAGAAGAAAGGUUACGGAAAAUGCAGUUGCUGGUGCCAACAUUGCAAGUUGUUUUGCUCCCAAGUCCACCGGUGUAAAAGAAAUUUCUGAGGAUGAGCUGAAGAAUUUAUUGAAGAAGAAAGCUAAAUCAGUAAUCAGCAGAAACCUGCCAGCAUUAUGCACCAUCGUCGCUGAAACUGAAACUGACGCAAACGAAAGGGGAAUGGAGACUGAGGAUCUCAAUGGUUUCAAUGCAGGUUCUUCAGUAAACAAAAAUGCCAUUGAAUCAUGCUGCAUGGACUCCGUUGAGGAUACUUCUGCUACUGACAAGGAUUUGAAUUCCCUGGGAGCCUUGACAUUAGAUGUUACUGCUCCAGAUUUUUGUGACUUUGAGAAGGAUCGAACUGAAAAGUCAAUUAGGGAUGACCAGAUAUGGGCGUUUUACGAUUCUCUUGAAGGGAUGCCUCGAUCAUAUGCCUUGAUACAUAAUGUUAUCUCCGUAGAUCCAUUCAAGGUGCGAAUGAGUUGGCUUACUCCAGUAACAAACGGUGAGCUUAGCUCAACAAAUUGGCUUGGUUUUGGUAUACCUAAAAGUUGUGGAGGUUUUAGAGUUUGGAAAACCCAAAUAUGCAGGUCACCUUACAGUUUCUCACACAAAGUAAACCUGGUCAAAGGCAGUCAUGGGGAAUUUCUUAUAUAUCCUAGAAGAGGCGAUGUAUGGGCUCUGUAUCGGAAAUGGUCCCCUGACUGGAACUAUCUUACAGGAGUCGAAACAGUUGAGUACGAUAUAGUUGAAGUAGUUGAAGGAUAUACAGAGGAAUAUGGUGUGUCAGUGGUUCCUCUGGUUAAAGUUGCUGGUUUCAAAGCCGUGUUUCACCAUCAUUUGGAUCCCAAAGAAACUAGAAGGAUCCUUAGGGAUGAAAUUUCAAGAUUCUCUCACAAGAUACCGUCUUACUUGCUCACAGGUCAAGAAGCACCAGGUGCACCCAGAGGUUGCAGACAGCUUGACCCGGCAGCAACACCGUCUCAGCUUCUUCAGGCUAUCGAUGAUUAUCGGUAAGGUGUAAAAGAUUCAAACUUUUUGUAUCUUAGUAAUGUAAUGUAAUAUGCUUAAACAUGAACUGAAUCUUUUAUUCUAAUUUAUGGGUAACAUAGAAUCUAGAAGAA